UCGUUAUAGUUUCCGGUGUAGAGUUUCCGGUUAAAGUUAGUUUCCUUUUCCAAGCGAUUGUCCACGUUUAUUUUGAUGGAGAAAUGAGGGAGUGACACCCGGUUCGAAUCCCUUCUCUCUCUCCCUUCUUUCCUAAUUACUGAAAGAUGGACAAUAAGGAAAUCAAAAGUAAGCUAAAGGCAGCACGUGAAGCCUUGAAGAAUAAAAAUUAUGAAGAAGCUGAAAACAUCUGUAAAGUCAUCCUUGAUUUUGAUGAGAAGAACUACAAUGCCUUGGUUUUCAGAGCGGUGGCCAACGUUGAAACAAAACACAGAGAUGAAGCCAUAUCAUUUUAUAAACAAGCCAUUGAAAUUAAUCCAGAUCAAGUCCUAGCUUGGCAGGGUCUGUGUAGUUUCUAUGAGAAGAACUCUUCAUCCAACAACAAGACUGAACUGAUCCCUAUUUACGAAAAACUUCAGGUCUUGUAUGAAAGUGAGAAAGACAAACAGUUGGAAGUCUUGAAGAAAUAUGUUUCUCUCUGUUCUGAGCUUGGAUUUGUUGAGAAGGCUGUUCCUGUCUAUCAGAAACUUGUGUGUUUGUCUGGUGAGUCUUCUACCGAGAGUGUCAAACUACUCCAAGACAUGUCACAACUUCUCAACAAACAUAAAGAGAUAUCUGAACAAUAUGGAAAUGUUCUUAUUUCCAACUAUCGCAAAGCACUGGAUAACAAGGACUUACCUGCUGACGACAAGAAAUGGCUGGCAGCUAAUUAUAUAUUCAGUUUAUUAAAGAAUGGAGAUCAAGAAUUUCUCAUGUCAGAAAUAUCUCAACUGAAAGAUUCUGAUCCAGAUAACAGUACCGUUAUAGAAUAUUGUUUGUUAAUCGAACUGGACUCAAAAAUUGGAUAUUUGGUUCCAAGCUUUGAUGAUUCUUUUAAAAAACUUAUGGAAAAACUGGCCACUAUUGAUGAGUCUUCAGCUGUGUUAAGCAUAUGUCGUGGUGUGUAUAGUAUUCUCAGUAAGGACUACAAGAUGGCAACAGAGCAUUUCAGAGAAGGUCUGGAACGAGAUCCUCUGUUGUUCUGUGCUCAUUACUACUUGUCAUUGUCCUUAUAUUACCUCCACGAUAAAAACCUUGUUGACAAAGCCAGUAAUAUUGGAAUCAAAGCUUCUCAGAAGAAAACUGGACGAUUAACUGUGCCUGUUAACCAGUUGACAACUGGCCUGUACCUAUUGCAGGCCAAGAUGUCCUUGGAAAACACAUCCCUUGGUGUGUUAAACAACAUGGUGAAACUUCUGAUUGACACGGAAAGCAGCAACAUUGAGAUUCAGAUAACUCUUGCCUAUCUUUACAUCAAGCUAGAAAAAUACCAACAGGCUGAGGAGUGUGUGGAGGAACUUGCUGAAUCAGAAUCUGCUGAGGUUGUUGCCCUCAAAGGUUGGCUGCUCUUUCAUCAGGGGAAUUACGAAGCUGCCUUGCAAAAACUUUUGGCUGCUGUGUCAGAGUAUCCUGAAAACAGCAAGUUUCUUUUGAUGCUUGGUCGUAUCUAUUGGCAACUGAAAGACUCCCACACAGACAACCAAGAGAGCAGCAACUAUUCGGAGAAGAGUUUUAAAUCUUUCCUUCAGGCUGCCAAACUGGAUCCUUACAAUUGUGAGAUAUUUCUUUAUCUCGGACAUUUUUAUCUUCAUGUACAACAAGACAAAGGAAAAGCUAGAAAAUGUUACCAAAAGGCUUUUAAUCUUGAUCCUGAAAAUUCCGAUGUUGGUGCUGCAUUCUGUGAUAUUAUGAUGGAUACUGGAGAUGUUGGAGAUGAGAGUGUUUUAGAAUAUUUGAAGUCUGUGACUACUAAAGCUGGCCCUGGUGGUGCUAAAUGGGCUUGGUUACGGUUAGGAUUGAAAUAUUUGAAGAAUGAGGACCCCAAUAAUGCUGUUAUUUCUUUCCAAGCUGCUCUGCGUCCCGAUCCUCUUGAUUUUCAUAUAUGGGAAUGCCUCGGUGAGGCCUACAUUAAUCGAGGCAGUUACACAGCAGCUUUAAAGGCAUUUACUAAGGUCACUGAGCUUGAUGCAGAGUCCGUCUACAGCCAGUACAUGAUUGCUUUUAUUAAACAAAUUCUUGGUUUGUACUCCGAAGCAGUCACAGAAUAUAAAGUGAUUUUGGAGAAGGAACCAGAUUACGUUCCAGCUUUGAAAGGAGUUGGUGAAACACUCCUGUUGCAGGCGAAAUCCUUCAUUAGUCGAUUCCUUGAUAAACGCAUACUUGAUGCUUGUGAAGAAGCAAUAUGUUAUCUAACCAGAGCAGCUAGUCAACGUCCUGAUUUAUCUUGUAUCUGGAAGAUGUUAGGUGAUGCCUGUACGAUAUUGAAUGUUGUUGAUAUAAAUAAUUUUAGAAAAUUGAUGGUCCCUUGUAAACUGACAACAGCAAAUGCACCUAAUCCAGAAAGUAAAAUAUCUUUACAUAAAAUUAGUAUCAUGGAACUGGGAUCAAAAUGUUAUGGCAAAGCAAUAAAAUGUUUCCCAGAAUGUUCUUCGUUGUGGCAUGACCUUGGCGUCAGCUUCAUGUACCAGACAAAGGAAAUUGAAGCCAUGUAUUUGAGGAAGGGUCAGCACAAAUCCAUGGAAGUUGAGAGAAAGGCCCAGAAAGCUAUUGAGAUCUUAAAGCAAGCUGUGACUCUUGAUCCUCAGAAUUUCCAACACUGGAAUGCCCUUGGUGUGGCAGCUUGUACAGAAGUGGUAUUCAACCCAAAGUUGGCCCAGCAUUGUUUUGCCAAGGCCAUUCAGCUAGACAGCAACAAUGUUGUGCCCUGGACAAAUUUAGGAGCCCUUUACCUGCGAAAUCAAAAUCUCCUGCUUGCCCAUGAAGCCUUCUCAGUGGCACAGAGUCUUGAUCCUAAUUAUGUCACCUGUUGGAUUGGACAGGCGUUUAUUGCUGAUACUGUUGGCCAUGAUGAAGCCAUGGAUUUGUUCCGUCACACCACCGAACUUGGUAAUCAUGUGGAAUCUCUUAUUGGAUAUGGCCACUGGGUCUGCUCCAUGUUACUGGAUGAGACCAAGCAUGACACUUCACUCUACCGCUAUAAUAUUGAACGUAUGUCUGUUGUACCUGCUGCCUGUGAUGCUCUUUCAAAAUACACAGAGCGUAUCCAAGACUGUGCUGUUGCCUUCAACAUGUACGGUCUUCUACUGGAACGGCAUGGUUUACAUUCUAUGGCAGAAAAGGCGUUUUCUAGGGCUAUUGAUUUGCUGGAGAAAGAAAAAAAUGAAAAUUCCGAGUUCAAGUUAAAGGUCCGGUGUAAUCUCGCUCGAAUACUUGGCACUCUGGGUGAUUUUAAAGGUGCUCUAGACCUGUACAAAAUUAUUGGAAGCGAUUUGGAUUUCGGUGGUACUUGUGGACUUGCUUUGACAUUGUUUAAGGCAGGACAGUUUUAUGAGAGCUAUCAAGAGUAUGGUAAAGCCCUGCAGAUGACCGAAGAGUUUGAUUCCCAAGUGAUGACUGCUCAAGCAAUUGCCUUAUUAAACAUGGGUAAAAUUAACGAAGCUGUCAAACUACUAAUGACAGGUUCUCAAAUGUCUGUGCCCUCGGUGGAAGGCCUCAAGGCUCUUUGUGCUAUUGCUUUAAUACGAGCUGACCAUGUUUUGGCAUCGGCUGUGGUCCAGGAACUGGCGAAGAUAGAAGAUCCUAAAGGAGACCACUUAGCGGACAUCACAUGGCUCUGUGCUGCUGAAUUCUUUGCUAAGGAUGAGGUAAAGGCCGGUUGCAAUUAUAUCCGGAGAACUAUACAGAAAUAUCCAUGGAAAGCUUCGUUGUGGAUAUUACUAGCCAAAGCCAUCAUGUGGUUUGCACCGGAAGACACUCAGAUGGCAUCCACUUGUGUGUUGUAUGCACAGCAACUUGAUGAGAGUUUGAAUAAGGAUGUGGCCCCUAUCUUGGUCCAGAGUCUCCUUGCAGCUGGUUUGCAUUGUGCCAGAAAUGGGAAUCGAAAUGGUUUCUCGGUAGCACAGAAGGCUUACCAUGUUCACCCAGAUGAUCUCAGUAGCAUGCUGAAUCUGAUCCCAGGCAUUCAUGCUGGUGCCUUGAUCAAACAAUGUGUCAUCGACAAGGCUCCAGACAACCUUUAUUUCACUGAGAUGAUGUUUCUGGAUCAUGUACUACUAGAGUUAUCAGAUCAGAUCAGUGUCAGUGUUCAGCAAUGGAUGUGGAAGCUGAGAUGCUGGUGUGCCAUGAACAUCUUCACAUCUCUCGAAGAACUACAGAUAGUGUGGAAACAGAUGUUGGAAAGUUCGUGUUUUAAAGAAGAGAAAAACUUCAACACCCUGGCAUAUAUCCGUACAUUAGAAGGGGUGAAAUUGUGCGAUGUUGAUAUUGUGAAAGAAGGUGUCGUACAAGCUGGUGGACUGCUUUCAUUUUGGCAGAUUUUGGAGGAAGUUAGCAUUAAAGAAGGUCUCCUUGAAGAUGCAGAAUUUAUUGCAGGUCAAUGUGUUAACUUAGCACAAUCUGAAAGUGCAAGAGAAGGUCGACUUCUUCCGAUGAUCAGGUUGGCUAUGUACAGCUUCAAACGACUCAUGAAAGACCUGACAUGUGGCUACAGUUUGUCCAUGUUUGAGGAAGCUGUGAAAGAAGUGUUGGAACUCGAUCCGUUGUGUACAACGGCUAACCUCAUGUAUGGUAUUGUCGAAGCCCUGAAGAACAAGGACUCCAAAGCAGCUCCUGAUUUCCUGAAACAAGUGAUCAAUGAUGAUAAAAUCACUGGAGGGUUGUCCUUUGCUGCAUCUCUUGGCCGUCAGCAUCUCUUGAAGCUCAUCCACAAGAAAAACAACUCGGAUUCUGAAAUAAAGUGCUUGCUGGCAGACGCUCAUCUUUACAAUGAUACCCGUACUAUUGGAGUGUUUAAGACAUUGUCUGUCAAAUAAGGAAGGAUUUACUUUGAAAGACAUUCACUUCUCAAUGAUUCUGUGCUUUGGAACAUCCCUCCCCCCACAAAAAAAAAGACUGUGGAAACAGAUGAAGUAAAAAAACAACAAAAUGGAACAAAAAAACAAACAAAACAACAAAAAAACUUUCCUGC